AUGGACAGAGUGUAUUUGGAUGAGAACGGGGAGCUGGCAGCCGACUUGGACAUUGUGAACUGGGUGGUGUUCCCCAAUAAAUCCGUCCUCAGAGUGAAGUUUGGGAGUAUUGACAGACAGGGAUCCCCAGACCUGAAGUGCACCAUCGACCAGGAGGCCAUUGUGUGGCCCAAGUGGCUCAAUCAGACCCUUCCUACUUCCAGGUGUGUGGAAAGCUGUCGCCCUGGAUCCGUCAAGGUGAUUCAGGAAGGGAAGCCUCUUUGCUGUUAUGAAUGUCUUCCCUGUGCAGAAGGGACCAUCUCCACUCAGGAAGAUGCAGACCAUUGCAAAAAAUGCCCAGAAAAUCAGCAUCCAAACAUGAACCGAGAUCAAUGUGUGUUCAAGCAUAUCACCUUCCUAGCCUACGAAGAAUCUCUGGGGGUUGUCCUACUUUCCCUUGCCCUACUGGGGUCCUUAGCCACAAGCUUUGUUUUAGGAAUCUUUAUUAAAUACAAAGAAAGUCCCAUAGUCAAAGCCAACAACCGGGACCUCUCCUACAUCCUCCUGGUCUCCCUCCUGCUUUCCUUUUUGUCCUCCUUCCUGUUCAUUGGGAGGCCAAGGAAAGGGACCUGCCUUCUCCAACAAACAGCCUUCAGCAUCAUCUUCUCUGUUGCUGUUUCUUCUGUAUUGGCAAAAACCAUCACUGUGGUUCUGGCCUUCCUGGCCACCAAGCCAGGGAACUCAGUGAGGAGAUGGCUGGGGAAGAGUCUGGCCAACUCCAUUGUCAUUUCCUGUUCUUGUGUCCAAGUUGUCAUCUGCAUGAUCUGGCUGGGGAUCUCGCCACCAUUCCCAGACUCUGACAUGCACUCCCAGCCUGGGGAGAUCAUCCUGCAAUGCAACGAAGGGUCUGUGGCCAUGUUCUAUGGUGCCCUUGGCUACAUGGGCUUCUUGGCUGCCAUCUGCUUCACGGUGGCUUUCCUAGCCAGGAAGCUGCCUGGGGCCUUCAAUGAAGCCAAGCUGAUCACCUUCAGCAUGCUGGUCUUCUGCAGUGUUUGGGUGUCCUUUGUGCCCACCUACCUGAGCACCAAAGGGAAAUACAUGGUAGCCGUUCAGGUUUUCUCCAUCUUGGCCUCCAGUGCUGGGCUCCUGGGCUGCAUCUUCAUUCCCAAAUGCUACAUUGUUUUGUUGAGACCUGAUCUGAACACAAAGGAGCACCUGACAGCAAAAACUAAAAAUAGCAUCUGAUUCUAAAAAUAUUAUUUUUCAAGAAGGUAGGGAAGUGAGAUUCUUGAAAAAUAAUAUUUCAAUUUAAAACAUCGUUACCCUCAUUUGAUCAUGUAGAACCAACCAACUUAAUGGAAGUAGUUAUGAAAUUUGGCUGAAAAUUUGUUAAUACUUUGGAAGAUAUAGAUCACAUAGAUCACAGGGAAUUCACAUUACCAAAUUUUUGUAAUUAUUCUUGGAAUGGAACAAGGAUGUCCACU